GCCUUUUUACAUGUGACAGUGCAGACGCGAGACAACGUUUUCAUUGUUUUCUUAAUAUAAUUAUAACUAAAAAUCUCAUUAUUUAAUUUGUAUACGAUUGUUAUUUAGUUAUUUUUAAGUUUCUUUUCAGUAUUACAAAAUGGCUGUUCAAGCAAAUCAACAAAUUACAAUUGAUCCAUCAACUCAACAAGGCUUUGUUCGAUUUUUCAAAAAUCUUCCACCUAAAUCCAGUAGUACUAUACGAUUUUUUAAUAGAACUGAUUAUUAUACUCUUCAUGGAAAAGAUGCUCUGUUUGCUGCUCAGGAAAUUUUUAAAACUAUCUCUGUAUGCAAAAUGAUUGGCGCUGAGCCAAAUAAAAUAGAAGGAGUUGUUUUAAAUAAAAAUCAUUUUGAAUCGUUUAUUCGAGAACUCUUGCUUGUGAAGCAAUAUCGAGUGGAAGUGUAUGUCAAUCAAGGCUCCGCGAAAAAUCAGGAUUGGAUAAUUGAAUAUAAAGGAUCGCCUGGAAAUUUAGUACAAUUUGAAGAAAUUCUAUUUGGAAAUAAUGAUAUUGUCGCUAAUUCUUCAGUUAUUGCUAUAAAAUUGUCCACGGAAGGAAAAUCGAAAUUUUUAGGACUAAGUUGUGUCGACGCUGUAUCAACUUUGAUCUCCGUUUGCGAAUUUAAAGACGAUGAUUCUUUUACGAAUCUGGAAGCACUUCUCGUUACUCUUGCACCAAAAGAAUGUUUACUUAUUCAAGGAGAUGCAAAUCAAGAGUUCAAUACUUUGAAACAAGUUAUAGAAAGGGCCAAUGUGAUGGUCACAUUAAGAAAGAAGAGUGAAUUUGCAACUGAAUCUAUCGUGCAGGAUUUGAAUACUCUUCUGAGAUUUAAGAAAGGACAACAAAAGAACGUUCAGAGUCUUCCUGAAUAUAAUUUAAAUUCAGCGAUGUCAGCGACAGCUGCUAUAAUAAAAUACUUGGAUUUGACAUCCGAUGAAGGAAAUGUUAAUCAUUUUUCAAUUAAAGAAGUUGAACAGUUUCGUUACAUUAGAUUGGACAGUGCAGCCAUUCGGGCAUUGAAUAUUGAACCAAAAACAGAUUCACAGAAUCCCAAUGCUUCGGCGAGUAUUUUAACUUUAUUAGACAAAUGUAGAACACCUCAGGGUCACAGGCUUCUUGCACAGUGGGUCAGACAACCCCUUCGUGAUUUAUCGCUAAUUAAGGAAAGACACGAUAUUGUUGAACUUUUAUACAAUGACAAUGAUUUAAGAUCCAUGCUAAGCGAUGAUUAUUUACGACGAGUUCCUGAUUUACAAUCGUUGGCUAAAAAAUUAGCAAGGAAGAAGGCAAAUCUUCAAGAUUGCUACAAAAUUUACGUAUGCGGUAAUCAUAUUCCAAAAAUACUUGAAAAUUUAUCUGAGGCAACGGAAAUUCCAGCUUUAAAGGCUUUAAUUAUAGAUCCACUGAAGGAACUUGUUGAAGAUCUAGAUAAAUUUCAACAAAUGGUGGAACAAACGAUCGAUUUAGAUGCUGCCGAUAAAGGAGAUUUUAUGGUGAAAGCUGAUUUCGAUGAUGAUUUGAAAGAACACAAAUCCAAUAUGGAAGAAGUGGAGGAAAAAUUAAAUCGUCAACUUCAUAAAGCAGCGGAUGAUCUUUCAAUGGACGCUGGUAAAACUAUUAAACUGGAAUCGAAUCAACAGAAUGGUUACUAUUUUCGAAUAACAUUGAAGGAAGAGAAGGUUCUUAGGAACAACAAAGGCUACACUAUUUUAGAUUCAAAUAAAGGGGGUGUCAGAUUUAGAAACACUAAAUUAAAUGACUUGAACGAGGAUUACAUGGCUCUUCGGGAAAAAUACGAGACAGCGCAAAAAAGUGUCGUAACUGAAAUUAUUGGAAUAGCGGCUGGUUACAGUGAAACUGUCAAAUCCAUUGGCAAUAUAAUUGCUUCCCUUGACGUUUUCACAUCCUUCGCUACAGUUGCUUAUCAUUCGAAAGGUUUUAUUCGACCAGAAAUGCUUCCAAGUGACGCUGGAACAUUGGAGUUGGUACAAGUGAGGCAUCCACUUUUAGAAAUUCAAGAAGGAGUCGAUUAUGUUGCUAAUGACGUAUGUUUAAAACGAGAUGAGAGUCACUUUUAUAUUAUAACUGGUCCAAAUAUGGGUGGAAAAAGUACCUACAUUCGCUCUGUGGGUGUUGCUGCGUUGAUGGCUCACAUUGGUAGUUUCGUUCCUUGCGAUAAGGCAAAAAUUUCCUUACUAGAUUGCAUUUUGGCAAGAAUCGGAGCUGAUGAUUCGCAGAUUAAAGGCCUUUCUACCUUUAUGGCUGAAAUGGUAGAAACAGCAGCAAUUCUUAGGACUGCAACUUGUAACUCGUUGGUGAUUAUCGAUGAACUCGGCAGAGGAACAUCCACCUACGAAGGUUGUGGAAUUGCGUGGGCAAUUGCAGACCAUUUAGCGAAAGAAGUAAAGAGUUACAGUCUAUUUGCAACACAUUUUCAUGAAAUAACUCGAUUGUCAGAGGAAAUCCCUGCAGUUCAGAAUAAACACGUAACAGCUCUUGUUGGCGAUGAUAAACUUACAUUGUUGUAUCAAGUUAAACCUGGAAUUUGUGAUCAAAGUUUUGGAAUUCACGUUGCGAAGAUGGCCAAUUUUCCCGAGGAUGUGGUUGAGUUCGCCAAACAAAAACAAACGGAAUUAGAAGACGUUCAAGGAAAAGUUUUCGAAGGCUCUGAUGAUCCAGUAAAACGCAGAAAGAUCACAAAGGAAGGUCAGGAGUUAAUUAUCGAUUUUACCAACAAAUGUAAGUCUUUGGAUAAAUCCCUUCCUUAUGAUGAACUAAAAGCGAAAAUCUCAACCUUAAAGGAAGAAAUUCUGGCAAAAAAUAAUCCGUAUGUCAAUGUUUUGAUGUCUACUUAAGUAUUUCGUAAGUUAAUUUUUUAUUACCUGUCCAAGAAAGUACAAACAUAAACAUUUUUAUUUUUUCACGAAAAA